AUGUGUUGUCUCGUCGGUCUCGGAGACCUGCAUGUCUCACUCGCCAACUCUCACGAAGACAUCUCAUCUCACUUGAGUAGAUACCCUACAUUCACCUUUGCGUCGACCCUCUGCGUCGACACUGAGUUGACCUUCACUUGUCCCCUCGUUGUCUCUAACCAUUCCAUCGUGCGUUUCGACACGACAAGCAUACCAUCAGGACAAUCUCCUACGAUAAUGAACGACCACAACAGAAUCUCUACCAUGCGUGUCAGCAGAAAAUCAUACCAGGGAGCAGGUUCUCCUUUCGGUCUCUGGACACUGCCUGAUCCACUCGACGGCCCUUCUUUCGCGCCUUGUUACGCCCCGUAUGGCGAGCAAUCGCCUCCUAUCGUCUCUCACCCAGCAGUGGAACAAGCAGCAACCGUGCCCACCACUGACAACGAUGCUCGCAAGGCCGAAGGUCUGAAGCCGUGGGAGAAAGGCUCAAAGACGGGCAAGAAAAUCAAGACGGGCAGGGGACCCAAAGGUCGCCCUCGUGCCGGCGAGCAAAGCAAUGUUGGCAGCAAAGACGCAAUCAGCAGCAGCAACGGCAGUACCGAGAAUGCCAACAGCGUUCCCGGAAGCAGAGUCUCGACAGUCACUACAUCGGCCUUGUCAUCGUCGCGGCCCUCGCCCCUUUCGUCCGUUGUGUCGGACCCGAUGCGCGAUGCUGCUCCUCGCCGCCCCCGUUUCCGCCUUCUUGCUCCCGCGGCCCCCGUUGAUGUCUAUCCCGCCGAUACGGCUGAAGCAGCCAUCGCAGAAUCGAGAAAGAGAAACUUUGACCGCGUCGACAACGAGGUUCCUGCUCCGUCGUCAACCGUGCACAAAAAGGAGUAA